AUGGCCUACCAUCACCACCACCACCACCAUCACCAUUACGCCGAGUAUGGGCUACCGGUGCCGGAAUCGAUCGUGGGCCAACCCCAGUCGCCGCCCGGUCCGACGACGCCCGGCGCCAUCUUUCCCAACGAAUCCCCCCCACCGCACUGCAUUCUCAAACGGUCAGGGGAAAUGGUGGCGGUGGCGGCGGCAGCGGCGAAUUUCGGUUGCUUCACCGACGGUCCCACUAGCACCGGGACGGGCGUACCGGAUCAGCUCGCCGGAACGGGUGAACCAGGAACCAGGCGCGGACCCACUACCAGGACACCGCCCGAUCAGAAGCCCCGCGAGAAUCAGCUCUGCGCUGAUCACUUCCUGGUGGCGGCAGGAGGACCAUACGCUCAGCAGGAGCUGGAGCAGGAGCAGCUGGAGCUGGAGCCAAGUCAUACGGGCCAGCUGACACGGGAGCAUGCCAACUCGUACGAGAGUCAUGGAAUUGAGGAAGAAUCUGGCGAAACAGUGGAACAGUAUCUGCUCACGCAUCUAAGGCACAGCCGCGGUAGUAGAUCCCCUUCGGAUGCUAGCUCGCUGCAGGACCAAAAGCUACCCUCGUUCGAGCCGCACGAUCUAGAGCCGAUCAACAACCGGAAAGCGCGCACCGCCUUCACCCGUGCGCAGCUGAAAGCGUUGGAGCAAGAGUUCGCCCACUCGAACUACCUGACGCGGUUGCGGCGCUACGAGAUCGCGGUGGCGCUGCUGCUGAGCGAACGGCAGGUAAAGGUGUGGUUCCAAAAUCGGCGCAUGAAGCGGAAACGACAGCGGGCACUGGAAACGGAAUCGGGCAAAGGGCACUCCUCAUAG